AUGCCUAACGCCUGUGCUCUGAUUUCCCGCUCACAGAAGGAGGAGACACAGGACGACUUGGAGAUCAUCAACGACGCCAUCCAUAUGAACGGCGGCGACGAAGAUGAGGACGACGAAGAGGAAAUGACGGACCGAGAGCGGGGCGAGAAGAUCAUAGACAUUCUCAUUCCUCCAUGCGAGUGGGAGGACGGAGAAAGAUGGAUACAAAGGGUAUCACGGGCGCCUCCUAGCAGAACAGCUGUUAUACAACUGUGGGAACAGCUCGACCUCAAAAUCCGAGAGCAGCAGGCGAGAACACGGGGCAUUUGUGCCAUUCGUGGCGCCCUCUAUCGAGAAUGCUUCGACGAACUCAUUCGGCAAGUGACGCUAGACUGUCCUGAACGUGGAUUGCUUCUGUCAAGAGUGCGCGAUGAGGCCAACAUGACCAUCGCGGCGUUCCAGUGCCUCUUCGAGAGUGCGUCUGAGUUUGGCGCCACUAAAGCCAUUCAGUCCGAGAGCGGCAAGUGGGAGCUGGAAGGCGAGUUGCGAGAGCUGGAAGAACGAGUGGCGGGCUUAGAAGCGGAGGUGCGGCGCCUGGAAGCGUGGAAACGGCAGGUGGUGCGGCGGUGGGAGGAGCGUCGGGAGGUGCAGAUGACCCUCUUCACCGAGGAGCUCGAGUGCCUUGAGAGGUCGGAAAAGCAGUAUCAGGUCCUGAUCGAAACAUUGCUUGCCAGCAGAAAUUCCUAGAACAUUUGUAUAUUUGUAAUUAUCGAAGUAACACAAAUGCACUGGCAUCUACUACGUCACUAUCAAUCGUGUAAUAGCAAUACCGUGAACCAGUAACUUAUUUUGUGCACUAUUCUGACAUUUGCUACCCUCAAAAAUGAAAAGGAACUGUCCACAAAAUACGGCUGUAAAAGACA